GGGUUUAAGUACUGCACUCCGGUCAGGGAUCGUCCAUGCGUGACGAAGCCCGGUGUUUGAGUUAAGAAUGAAUCGAUUUGCUGCUUCGCUGCUGCUCGCAGCGGGAAUCAUCGGCCGCUUCGCGCCCAGAACCGUCACCUGCGCGGGAGGCCACGGAUCGGCCGCCACGUUCGCCCAGCGCGUGGGACGACUACCGGUCUACCCAGAGGCAAUGCAAGAGUCCGAGAGAGCGAGAAGUCUCGAGAUGGACGAUUUUAAAGUCCAAGAGGUUCCCGACGACACCAUGGGUAGCACUCCCAUUAUACUCAAACUGUACCCCCCCGUGGCGAAACCGGCGCUGCUCCACGCCAACCUGCCGCUGCGGUUCGGCCGCUCCUCGCCGCGGGCGGCCACGCGGAUGCUCCAGUUCCCGCUCAGUCUGACCCGGCGCUUCGGAAGGUCGCCGGAGACAGAUUCGCCCAUCGCGCUCCCCUGCCACCAGUGUGCCCGCAUGGGCGGCGUGGCAUCGCCUUCAGCCACGCUCCCGCAAAGGUUCGGCAGAACCAACCGUUUCGACUCCAGACCUGCGCGCACCCUGGCGAUGUUCGCGCGUGGGAUUGCUGCCCAGCUGCAAAGAAGAUCACAGGCCCGUGGUUUGAGUUUUGUGGAUGACGUCAGAGAGGAAGAUAUUCUGAAUAUUCCGAAGGAUAUAGAAGCAUCCAGCAGUCCAGCUUCCGACUGACCUAGCACCCGCAGUGAAUGCGGAAUUAUGUUGUCACAGGUCGCGCGUGUUUCCCUUUGUUUAUAAAAAUUAAAACAUGGAUCUUGUCAUGUUGUAAAAAAGAAGACUUCUCAAUGUAUACUAUUAAUAAAAAGUGUGACAGUCUA